AUGCCCCCUAUUGAACUGCAUGAACUGUCACAAUCACCCAAAAGGAAAAAUCAUGAUUUGAAUACAACAACAACCAUUUUAACAACACCUUCAUCAAGAGAUUCAAACGAGUCAAGUCGAUCCAAUGGUUCACUCAUAGAUGAUCUGAUUGAUGAAGAAGAACAAGUUGGUGACCUAUCAAGGCCAGGUCCAGACUUAACAGCGCCUAUCAAGCCAUUUAUAGCUGAUAGCAAUUUCAAAUAUACCUUAACCGCUGUAUGGGUUGGUAAUUUCCUUUGUGCUUUAGAUGGUACAAUUGUUUCCACUACAAUGUCAAAUAUUGCAAGUGAUUUUGGUCAAUCAAACUUGGUGUCAUGGAUUGCUGUUUCUUAUUUAUUGACUUCAACUGCUUUCCAACCAUUAUAUGGUAAAACUUCAGAUAUCUUGGGUAGGAAAACAUUAUUACUUAUUGGACAAGCAUUAUUUGGUAUUGGUAUUUUUUUAUCAGGUAUCUCUACAAAUGUUGAGACUUUAAGUUUAUCAAGAGCAUUAAGUGGUAUUGGAGGCUCUGGUAUCUUCACAUUAUCAAGUAUAGUCAUCUCUGACGUUGUUCCUUUAACUCAAAGAAGUAUGUAUGCUGCUUAUGGUACUGUUAUCGUUAAUACUUCACAAAUGCUUGGGGGUCCUCUUGGAGGAUUCUGUAUUGCUACUAUUGGAUGGAGAUGGAUGUUUUUGAUCCAAGUUCCUUUCAUCAUUGGUUGUAUGGUUAUAACUUAUUUUUGUGAGAUUAAAGUUGCCCAUAUUCCUGAUGGACCUGAAAGAUUUUCAAAAGAGAAUAUCAAAAGAAUAGAUUUUGGUGGUAUCUUAACUUCAAAUUUAUUUGUUUCAAGUAUUAUCUUUUUGUUAUCUGAUAAUGGAGGCUAUCCAAAACCAUUUGAAUAUUUUCUCUAUGCCUUAUUAAUCAUUUCGCUCGUUGGAUAUGUUAUUGUGGAAAAAUACAUUGCAGUGGAAAAACUUGUUGAUCCUCAAUUGAUGAAAGGUCAAAUUGGUGUAUUAGGUCUAGUUAAUGGUAUCAAUUCAUUAUCAUUCUACUUGAUCUUAUUUAUUGUUCCACUUUACCUACAAUUGAUUCAACAUAUCACAGUUACACAUAUUGGAUUCUAUACAAUGUUUUGUGUUGUAUCAUCUGCAAUUGGUGCCAUGAUUGGUGGUUCUGUUAUUAAGAGAUAUAAUCAAACUGAAGCAUCAACAAUGAAAGCAGGUAUUUCUGUAUCAGCAAUAUCAUUUAUGAUUCAAACUAUUGGAUUCUCAAUGUUGUAUAUGUUGAGCUCAUUGGUUAAUCCCGUUAAUGAAUCAUUAUUUUGGAGAAUCAUCAUGAUAUUAUCAUUAACAAUUUCUGGUUUAGGUGUUGGUGGAUUUGGACCGGGUGUUGCAUUAUUUAUUAUAGGUAAAUCUGGUGCGAAGGAUCAAGCAAGUACACAAACUGCAGUCAAUGUUAUCAAAUCUUUAGGGAAUGUUCUUGGUCUUUCAUUAUCACUUUCAGUUUACAAUAAGGAAGUACAAAGAAAAUUAUGGGACUUCUUCGGUGAAGGUAAGAAGGAUAUUAUUGAUCAUUUGAUUAAAGAUUCAAGUUAUAUAUUUGAUGAGCUAGACCAACAGUAUUUCAAAGAUGUCUUGAACAUUUAUAGAGACUCAUUAUCUAAGUCGUAUCAACCAAUCUUCAUCAUGACAAUAUUUGGAUUAUCGAUCAUUUAUCUAUUGAACCGAAACGUUCAAAAGGGACUGAAACUUUGA